GGCCUGCAGUUAAAGAAGAUUAUCUAAUGAAUCCCAUGAAGGUAACAAAUCUAGGAAUUCGAGAUGAAUCGAGAGCUGCAACUCGGUUGACAAGAGAAAACUUCAUUGAUGACAUUCAACAUAACAUGGGAUCACUAGAAAUUGAACCUGAAACGAAUGAAGCAAGCUUUGGAGGAUGGAGUCCGAAUGAGUCUCGAUGCACUCGGUUCGGACUUUCAGCUGGAAUCGAUUCUUCCAAUGUUGAUUCAUAUGGUGUGACAAGAUUGAGUCCAAUUAAACUGAGUCCUGGAGUGAAGCACAUCCUGCAACCGAACCAAAACGUGGAUCCGGAUAACUCAAGGUUGAUCCAUUCAACCAACCCUUUUACAUCCCUGACCGAGAGCGGCAACACGUCGGAGACUCGGAAGAAAUCAACAAAGAUUUACAGGACUGUAUACUAGCCUAUCAGGAUAGGAGGCCGAAUUUUACUGCUCUUUGCAUUCAAGUUCCA